GCAGGAGUGCUGUGUUGCUGUGUUUGUUUCUGGGUGAUCAUUAGACUGGAGGGGAGGGGAUACAGUAUAUAGGCAGCAGGCAGUGCAGAGCUCCGGAUACUUUGUAUCGCCUGCCUGGGUUUGUGUCUCACUCUCUGGAUCUGCCUGCACUCCCUCCCCAGACAUGACUGGCUCUGAGAAGAGUUUGGGAAAAGGUUCACCUGCUCCAGGGCCUGUUCCUGAAGGAUCUGUCCGUCUUUAUAGCAUGCGGUUCUGUCCCUAUGCACAAAGAGCAAGAUUGGUUUUGCUUGCCAAGGGUAUCAAGCAUGAAGUUGUUAACAUCAAUUUAAAGAAUAAGCCUGAUUGGUUUUUUGAGAAAAACCCACUUGGUCUUGUGCCGGCUGUGGAGCUGAGUGAUGGGGAGGUAAUCUUUGAGUCCCCCAUAGUCUGUGAUUUUCUGGAUGAAGCCUAUCCUGGCAAGAAGCUAACCCCUGCAGACCCAAUCAAAAAGGCAAAGGAGAAGAUUCUAUUGGAAUAUUUCUCUGGGGUGACCACGGCACACCAUAAAUUAGUCCUGGCCUACAAAGAGAACCAAGAUGCAACCGAACAAAAGGCAGCAUUACUCACCAAGCUCCAGAAACUGGAGGAGAUUUUAGUUAAGAACAAAACGGCUUAUUUUGGUGGAGAAUCUGUGUCGAUGAUUGACUACAUGAUUUAUCCGUGGUUUGAACGCUUCCCCCUGUUUGAUGUGAUAAAUAUUUUGACUGAGACACCAGAGCUGAAGAAGUGGUACGAUCUCAUACUUCAGGAUUCUGCCGUGCAGGAGACAUUCACCGCACCCGAAGUUUUGCUGGGAUUCUACAAGCUGUAUUCCCAGAACAGCGUCGAUGCUGUGGAUUACGGUCUUUAAAGUCACUGCUGCCUUCGUAACCUCUGUUUACACAAACAAUUUGUAUUAAAUCUGUUUCUGGGGAUGCUAAUGUCUAGAGCACCAAAAUUCACCAAUAAAGGCAGAUUGUCUGUAACAGCAGUCC